AAAAAAUCAAUCCAAGAAUUCACAGCCCAGGGACCAACACAGUAAAGAAGCCAUCGAAACCCCUGUCCAAGUUGAUUCAGGCAUACUCGAAGGUAUCGCAGAGCUCCCGAAUCUCGGCGCAAUCUCGUGUUCGGAUCCCAGUUUUAUCAAGACAUAUUUCCAACAAUCAAGACUACACCAUCUCAGUACAUGGAAAGCAGAGCUACUCCAACGAGUAUCAAUUCUAUCCGAACAUAAGAAGCCGACCUCAAAUAAUUCAGUGGUAUCCCAUAAGAAGUUAAAGGGAGACGCGAGCGAUAGACGGGUGAUCAUGCAUGUCGACUUCGAUUGUUUCUUCAUUUCAGCUGGUUUGAUUGCACGGCCAGAGCUUAAAGGAAAACCUUUAGCUGUUUGUCAUGCCAAGGCCACCAAUUCUGCAAAGCCAAACGGAAGUACGAGUGAAAUCGCCAGUUGUAGUUACGAAGCACGGGCAUUCGGAGUUCGAAACGGUCAGACACUCGGUAGAGCUAAAGAAUUAUGUCCUGAAAUUCAAACCAUCGCUUAUGAUUUCAAACUAUAUGAAGACCUGUCGUUCAAAUUCUAUAACAUUCUUCUCUCUUACGCUGAUGAACUUCAAGCAGUGUCAGUUGAUGAGUGCUUGAUUGAUGUUAGUAGUCGAUUUAUCAACCAAUAUGGACCUGACGGAUUUAACUCAAUCGAAUCCUCCGCACUGAAACUCGCUGAAGAAAUCCGAACAACCGUACGGAGUGCGACUCAAUGUGAAGUUUCAAUCGGUAUUUCUUAUAACGUCUUGUUGGCUAAGUUGGCCACCAAGAAAGCGAAACCUUGUGGCGCCUUCUUUUUGGAUACCGGUCUAGCGCAGGCGAUUCUCAAGGAUCUGUCGAUAGAUGAUUUGCCUGGCUUCGGAUGGGCUCAGAAGAAUGAAAUCGAUAACAAGCUUUCGGUGGAUAAUGUUGGAGACCUUCAGACGUUCCCUCUUUCUCGACUCGUUGAAGUUUUGGGCCCAUCGAGGGGAAAAACUCUUUAUCAAUAUGCGCACGGACUAGAUGACCGCACCCUCAAAUCUUCAAAUCAUGAGAGGAAAUCGGUUUCUGCUGUCAUCAAUUAUGGGAUCCGCUUCAAAAAGCUUGACGAAGGGGGUAAUGACGACGUCCGGAUCUUCUUGCGACAAUUGGGUCAAGAGGUUUCACGUCGCCUGACUGAAUUAGGAGUUUCUGGCCUUCAGCUAACUCUGAAGAUCAUGAAACGUGCCCCAAAAUGCACCGAAUCUAGUAAGACGACCAAGCUUUCUGGUCCAGGUGGCGUCGGUGUUAGCGAUGGAACAAUCAUUGGGAAUGAAGCAUGGAAAUUACUUCAAUCUAUGAACAUUCCCCCUGAAGAUCUCCGAGGGAUUGGAAUCCAAAUCAAUCGACUCGAGAAGCUUUCUAAGAACAUUCACAGUGAUAAACCUCAAGGCCAGUCAACAUUAAUGUUUCAAACCACCAAACCUAUGGAACCUCCUGCUCGCCGACAAGAUUCUCGACGCCAGAGCAUUCAUAGCUCUAAUAAGAUAAUCACAAAUCACGGAGAUCGCACGCCGGUUGCAUCAACCUCUAAGAAAAUCUUUAAAACACCCGAGGCACUUAAUUCUACCCCUUUUGCUAUCCCACCAGCUUCUCAACUUGAUUUGGAGGUGGUGGAAGCUCUACCGACACCGCUUAAAUCUCAUAUCCUGAAAUCGAUUGCUUGUCAUCAAAAACCUCCUAAUACAAGUAAAUUGGACAAUCAUCAGGAUACGAUUGACCUCGUCACACCAGAUAGUAAAAUGAGAGAAAACCCCAAUCAAUUCGACCUACCUUCAGUUAGUCAGGUUGAUUGGAAAAUGUUGGCCGAGCUCCCUUCAUCGGUACGCAAACCAAUCGAAGCAAUCUAUGCCCAGCGGCAAUCUCGUCGACAACUUCCUCCACCCACUCCACCCAAUUUCACUCGAGGUCUCAAGGGCCAUCGGAAGGAGGUCAAUCAUCGAAUACCCCGUUCAUCGCAGAAGAAAGACCGUCUUGCCAGCUUACAUUUGGCUUUUCAAGACCAACGAGUCUCUCGGGCAAAGUCCACCAUCAAGCAUCGUGUUGCCCCUCUGGGCCCCAGUCAGAAACUCAUCAACAAGAAGACCUUCAAACUGAUCACCAGAAAUCAACCAGCCAAGACACCCUCCAAGAAUGAACAGGGAGAUGCCGAAGAGGAAGCUACCGAAUUACUCCCUACACCCAACAAGAUAAGUGAUGAGCAGCUAGAAGCUCUGGAAAUCGAUGUGCGAUUUUUCAGGGAGCUCAAGGGAAAUUCAACUCGAGCGUUCCAGCUAGAUUUGAUUUGGAAUCAAUUUCAAAUCCAUUCGAGUCGGUUUAAGGAAGUGACUCGACGGACGGAUCGAUGGAAGAAGUGGAGGAAGAACUUUGAUCGACCAGCAAAAGUGCUUCAGAUCUGUUUGCCAGAGCCGCCAUGUUUGGCUAGUCGAGGAGGGGCUCGAGGACGGAAAGGAUUGAGCAAGCUCGAGGACGUGUUGGAAUUGAUUGAGCAGUGGAUGCUAUCCUCGACCGACUUACCCACCCACCCAGUUGGGAUUAGUGGAAAACAGCCAUCGACCAUAAGUCUGGUUGAAAUCGAUCAACGAGAUCUUGAGAUCAUCCAGAAAUUCUUGAUCGACUUGAUCGAUCCCCCUCCUCCUCCUCCUCCUAAGCUUUCUCCCCUCGACGGUCAACAACAAUCCUCACUCGGUCAAGACUUCGAAAAAGUCUUCAAGAUCAUCCAAUGGUGGGAUCAUCUCAUCCUUAAAUUAUUCGCUCACAAUCAUCCUGCUUUCAUCUAUUGGAAAAAUAUCUUGGAUAAUCUUAAGCUUAAAAUUAAUUCAAUCGCUUGUAGAGAUUUUGGGGACCCAAUUUAUUGA